AUGCAAAAGAUCAGAGCUGGAAAAAGGUUGCCAUCCAAGGCAAACAAGUUUAUAGCCCUAGGUGCAUUAGCUAAGGGACAAGUUCAUGGAUUAAAACAAUUAAAGCCAAGAAGAGAUAUAAAUGGUGCUACAGAUUUGCUAAGAGGAGGUUCAAGUGGUGCUAGUUCAGGUGAACUCACAUCCCAUCGUCUUUUUGUUCACUUUGGUGAACUACAUUAUAUAAACAAUGACUUCCAACAAGAUUAUAGCUCCUUCAUUGACAUUUUAAGUAUAUGCGGAAAAUUCUUGGACAUAUACUCAGUUGGUGUGAAAAUCUUCUAUGGAGAUGGGAAGCAACUAAAUGGGGAUGCUGAUGUCUAUGCUAUGUUUAAUGACCACAAAGGUAUAAGUGACAUCCAUGUCUAUGUUGAGGAAGAUAGAGAAUUGGAUGUUGUCCCUUUUAGACUGCCAUAUGAUUAUGCAAGUCCUGAACCUCCAAAGGCAACAAAUUUGAAGAUACAAGGUGAUCUCAAGGUAAAUAAUAAAAUAAUCAUUACUGGCACUGUUAUUGGAGGGGCUGAAGUUGCUAGUGUAGUUCAAUGGUAUAAAACCUCUACUACACAAUUAGAUAUUCAGGAUGGUCUUGAAGAGAUCAGCAUGUCUAGCACUGAAAAGGAAUUCCUAUUACCAGUAGGAGUUGUUGGCAAUUACAUUGUUGCAAAGUAUACUCCUAUGACUUAUGAUGGUAAAUCAGGUGAACCAGUGUUUGCUACCUCAGAAAAAGUUGUUGAGAGUGAAAUUAAUACUCAAAACAAGAAAGUUCGAGGAAAAAACCAAAACAAGAAAGUGGCUGGGCUCAAAUCUGGGGAAAAACUUCCAAUUAUUUUCUAUAACAAUCGAGCAGUGGGGGAGAACCAUCAAUUUUGGUCAAGGCACUUGGGAAGAGUUGUGCGUGAUCGAACCAUUUGUCCUGUACGAGUGAAAGCUUGGAAAGAGAUUGGGGAAAAUGAAAAAAAUCACAUGUGGGAAGCGAUUAAGGAAAAAUUUGAGAACCCUGACAUAGAGUUGUAUCGUGACCACACAUUGGAGCAUAUGAAUGUUUUGUGGUCGAAUUGGAGAUCAAGUUUAAAUACUAUGUAUGUUAAACCUUGCAAAACUGUAGCUGAGGCUUUGAAAAAUAAGCCACAAAGUAUGGAUAAGGAGGAUUGGGAAUGGCUUCUAACUAAACACUUUUUAACUGAGGAUUUUCAGAAAAUAAGCUCUCAAGCCUCUCAAAAUAAAGCUAAAUCUUCAAUGCCUCAUCGCACGGGUAGUAAGCCUCAUAGAGAAAUCAUUUAUGAAAUGGGAGGAAAAAAAGGUAAUCCACCUGAUAUGGGAAAGAUCUUUUUUGAAACUCGAAAGAAGAAUGGAAAGUUGGUUGAGCCUGAAACUGAAGAAAAAUAUGAUCAAAUUUUAGAGACCAUUCAAGCAGAUCCAACAAUUUCUAAUAUUGAGGUAGUUGAAAAAUGUUUUGGAGUGCAACGUCACAGCCAUGUGUUUGGGUAUGGCGGUGGAAUCAAACGAAAAAACUUUAAAGAUCCUAGCAAAAAGAAGAUGGAAGAGCUUCAAACUAAACUUAAUGAUAAGGAUGAAGAAAAUCUCAUCCUAAAGAGGCGCAUUAUAGAGUUUGAAGACAGAUUGCAAAGGCUUGAAUCUUUUAUGCAAAAACCAUCUACUCUUGACGAAAAUGUUCAGGAGGAAAAUGUUCAAAGCUAAACCAUAUGACAGCUUUUUCUGUAACUUUUUACAAAACAGGUAUUUGAAUAUACAAGUCGAGCAAGAACUCUUGGUAUUAGUUGUGAAUAAUACGUGAAUUCUAGCCAUACUUGUAAUAAUUUUUUGAUUUUCAUUAUAGGGAGAUUUUAGAAUAAUAUGAAACUCAUAGUUUUUUUUUUUCUCAUUUUUUAUGAUUGUGGAGGGUAUAGAAGCUUUUAUGAUGAUUGUAAUCAA